GCGAGCACGAACCACGGGUCGAUCAGCACGGGCUCUGGACUAGAAUCCGGGAUUCUGCCAACCCCAUAACCUCGUAGCUGCAUACGGACGUGCCUCGAUCCUCUGCAGUCAGGAGACCCCCAGGGCCCACGAUCUUGACGUCAAGACAUGCAGCAGCCGACCUGCUGUAUUCGUGUCAGACUAUAAGAUGCCGCACCCCAUCAUCUCGCGUCGCUUCGUGCCAUCCAUCUAGCCAAACGAUCCUCCAAUUAAUCUAUUCAGCACCCUUACCAUAAUACACCCAACACUACCUAGUACUAGCACAAUCCAACCUUGAACAAAAUGGUCCACUUCCCCCGCCAAACAAACCCGGCCCGACGGGACUCGCAAAACAGCGAAGCGUACCUGAUCGGCAGCGGCAUCGCCUGCCUCAGCGCUGCCCUGCACCUCGUAAAAGAUGCGCAGGUCCCACCGGGGAAUAUCCACAUCCUCGACGGGAGCCCCGAGGCCGGCGGCGGCCUGAAGACGCUGGGUGAUGCGAAGGACGGCUAUUUUUUGCCGAUGGAUGGGAAUCCGCAUUUUCACGGGGAGUGUCUUGAGCGGUUGCUUGAUAUGAUUCCUGAUAUGAGUCAGGGGACGGGGAUGGGUGAGAUGCAGGGCCGGAGUCAGGGUCGAGAGGGGGAGGAAGGGGGGAAGAGGUCACUUAUGCAGAGGAUUCGUGAGCGCGAGGGAUUUGAAAAGUCGAAGGAGAAGGAGGCUGAGACUCGCGGGCCUCAGGUGCGGGGUGUGAAGAUGGGUGACAAGGGCAUUGAACUGUUCCCCGCUGGAAAAUUCCAGCUUGGGAUGAAGUAUCGCAUGUCGCUUGUGGGGUUGAUGAUGGAGAAUGAGGCGUCGAUCGGGAUGAAGAAGAUUGAGGAGGUGUUUGACAAGGAGUUCUUUGAUACGAGCUUCUGGAUGUUGUGGUCGUCUACAUUUGCCCUGCAGCCGUGGCACAGCGCUGCAGAAUUCAAACGCCAUCUGCGCAAGUACCUCGAAGACCUCGGAUCGCUCAACAACGUCAAGACCACCCACCGCACCGAGUACAACUUCUUCGAGUCGGCCGUUGGCCCUCUGACCAACUACCUCAAGGCCCAGGGGGUGGACUUCCGCUUCAACACGCACGUAACGGAUCUCCGCUGUUACCCCGACGGCGAUCCGACGACCAUCGCCGAGAUUGAGAUGCUCAGCGCAAAGCAUGAGGAGCUCGUCACCGUCGACCCAACCGACAUCGUCAUCAUGGGCUUGGGAUCCGUCAACACGGGCGUCGUCUUUGGCACGAACAAGUCCCCUCCGCCUCCCCUCCCUGCAAGUAGCAAAGACCUGACAAAGGGCGACUGGAAGCUGUGGGAGAGCCUGGCGCAGAAGUCGCUGAAGUUUGGUGACCCGGGCAACUUCCUCUCGCGCAUUGACCAGUCCAUGGCGUCCACAUUCACGACCACAUUCACGGGCGGCGAGUUCCCGUCUGCCUACGAGCGCCUCACGCACGAUAAACCGGGAACAGGCGCGCUUCUCUCGCUCACAGGAAGUAGCUGGCAGAUGACCCUGUGCAUCCCGCACCAGCCCGUCUUCCGGGACCAGCCCAGCGACACCACCGUCAUGAUGGGCUACGGGCUCAGCCCUGCCGCCACAGGCAACUACGUGAAGAAACCAAUGACCUCGUGCUCAGGCGAGGAAAUCCUCCGCGAGAUCCUCGGCCACAUGGGUAUCAUCGCCACCUCCGCGUCACAGGCCGAGUCGAUCAUCGACAACGCAAAGACGAUCCCGUGCUCGAUGCCACUCGCUACAGCACCCUUCCUGACCCGUGGCCAUCACGACCGGCCCGCUGUGAUACCGCCGCAUAGCACGAAUUUCGCGUGCGUCGGACAAUUCGUGGAUGUUCCGGGCGACACCACCCUCGAGAUCGAAUACAGUGUUCGGGGCGCGCAGAUGGCCGUCUCGACGCUGAUGGGCUCGACUGCGAAGCCGCCGAAGCCGCCGAGGAGUUUGCUCAUGGAGGUUUUUGAUUUGAUGGUUUGAGUAUUGCUUGCCAGGUUAUUCCGCUUGCUUUGUCCGCUUCCAACCAAAUUGAACCAUGUAUUGUAUGUAUGUAGGUUAGCAACUCCUGUUCUUUCCCAUGAACUUUACCGCCGGAACCGAAUGUAUGGGAUCCGAAAGACUAGGACAUGAUCUAUAGAGCUG